CAUAUCAUAUCAUGCACGUUGAAGAGGAACGACGUCUUUCUGCAGCUAUUAUUUCUUUCGACAUUGUAAUGUCCUUAUUAUAAUAGCUUGUCAAAUUCAAUGCGUGUCAUCUUUCUAUCCAAAUGGACGGAACCGUGAAAACAUAUUACAAAAGUGAAAAUGUGGCGCACGAGCUUAUCUAAACGUAAUCUAUCGAUUACACUGAUAAAAGUGAAAGAAAUUUAUCGCCGCAAAAAUUGUAAGACACACCCGACAUUCAAACAUUUGCCAUUAAAGCAGCGACAUUCGCAGAUUCCGCAGUUUUAAAUUUUUUCAAAGCAUGUCAAACAUACCUCUCUAUGUUCUCCUCUCACUAUUAAUUGUAAAUGUGUCUUCUCUCGGUCUUAAUAAUAAUGUUACAUCGUCAGAGAAACUUGACUAUACAGACUUAGUCACUGCAAUGGUACUAAUGUUAGAUCACUGUCGACCAAAAGAGCCUGAACUAACUUUACUGCUAGGUGGAGAUUAUAACGAAUUUCUCAGACGAGUAUUUUUCGGUAUGGUACCGGUCGCUUUGAUAGGAGAAACGAGUCGUCCUCGAGUUAACGCCCUAGAGAACUUUGCUCUGACAAGAUAUUCCUUCAACCAAUAUGUGAAGUAUAACUUCAUUCAGUUCCUUCGAAAAUCACAUCGUUUCGUAUUUGUGGCAUCCUCCCAACCCAUACUGCGAUCCAUUUUGCAGAGAACAAAAGAUUCGCCAUGGGCAAAUUCAGAAGGAUUUUAUAUCAUAGUCGAUAAGGAAACUGAGACUCGAGGAUGCAUAAAUGCCCGCUCAUUUCUUUGGACAGCUUGGGAGUUCGAUCUGCUCUCCAUUAUAUUUCCAUGCAUCGAUCCGAACGAGGGGAUCGUCUAUUACACAUAUAAUCCUUAUUCUAAUAGUACACCGGAUGGUUGGACCGAAGUAGGCCGCGACAAAGGAUGACAGGGUCAUCCUUGGAUAAUAUUGAAGAGAAAAUAUGAACUAGAUAUAUGUAAAAAUCUGGACUUCGAUAAAGUAACCACGUUGGAAGGCUACGAGAUUCGAUUAAAUGCCGUUGAAAUGGAACCGUUUAUAAAAGUCAAUUUAAGUGCCCCGAAUAUAGACAAGUUUCGUGGCGAUAACAGCGAGAUCAUCAAGAUACUGUUAUUCAAAUUAAAAGCAUCCCUCGACAUCGCUCUUUACAAUGACAGUACCUACGCGCUCGGAGGGAUAGGACCAAACGGCACUCUGGAGGGCUUGAUGGCACCUCUGAGUGAUGGCAGAAUAGACAUUGGCAUGAACGUGAGAAGCUUGCUCACCUUGUGGAAAGUCAGAUACACAUAUCCCCAUACGAGAUCAGGCCUCUGUGUAAUAGCGCAACCAAAUCGGGAAAUCUCGCAGUUCAUCAAGCUGAUAAAAUUCAUGUCACCGAAAGUAAUGGUUGGAAUAAUCGUAAUAUGCCUGUUGGCAUAUGUAAUAUUCGUUAUAACUGAGGGAUGUAUGAAAGCCGGUUUACAAGUGAUAAGACUCAUCGUUUGUGUAGGAAUAUUGCAUCCACCCACAAUUGAUUCUACCAGAAUCUUCUUAUGCAUGAUAUUGUUUCUGUUUCUGAAUAUAAACGCUCUAUUUCAAAGUCACUUGUCGUCCCUGCUCACCGUGCCGGUUUAUUAUCGUAAUAUCGAUAGCAUGAGUAGUCUUAAGAAAGCUGGAUAUACGAUAUAUGGACCAAGACACAUGAAAGACCUGGUAAAUGAUCACAUGAUGGACUCGCGCUUCGUAUCGGUUACAUACGAUGAAUGCAAGGAAUUCGUCGAGAAUUCGACAAAAGCUGCAUGCAUAGGCGACUGUUUCCAUUUGUAUUACAGAAUCAAGGGUCAGGAUCUUAUUAGAUCAAGGAGGUUGAUCGAAAUGACGCAAUCAUAUGUUACUCGUGAGGACUGGCCGCUGUACAGACGAGUGAACGGUAUUAUUCAACAAAUGACACAGGCCGGCUUGAUCUUAAAAUCUCGAGCUGACUUCUUUGCUGAGAUAAAGCGCGAAAGACAUAGGAAAGCCGCGAAGAAAAAAGGUUUCAAAGUAAUGACGCUGAACCAACUUUCAUUCAUCUUUGGCUUCCUCGUGAUGGGAUACACUUGCGCCACUAUAGUCUUUAUAAUGGAAUUGAUAGUUGGCCGAUCUGCUCAUAGAUCUGAAAACCAAAUGAAUAUUGAAAGGAAUACGAGAAAGAAACAAAAAGUUAAAACAAAUGAGAAAAUUUCAAAGAUAUCAGCGUGGAAUUAAAAAGUCGAUUUUAUAUAGUACUUACUU